UCUUCUUUUCCCUUCGUUCAUUUCACUGAGAUUUCCUUUUCAUUUUCGCUUUUCUCUCGAUUAGCAGCUCCAGAUCACAACUCUCCACCAGAAAUCAAUUUCUUUUAAGCCAUGGCGCCACGGAUUGAUUUUGGCACCUAACAACCAGAGGAGAAGACAAUCACGAGGCACGCACGAGCUUAACCACGGUCUGCUGCGAUCGCAGCCCUUGCUGUCGCCGGCGCUCUCUGUCCUCGCCGCCGAUGCACGCCGUCUUGCUGCCCUCACAGCUGCUCUUUUUUUUUCUCCCCGCCUCUGUAUUGUCUUCGUGGAUUGUCUAGCAGGUUGUUGGAAACAUGGCCAAGCAUCAUCCUGAUUUAAUUAUGUGUCGAAAGCAGCCAGGGAUUGCCAUUGGACGACUGUGUGAGAAGUGUGAUGGCAAGUGUGUGAUCUGUGACUCUUACGUGCGUCCUUGUACACUUGUCCGCGUCUGUGACGAAUGCAACUAUGGGUCGUUUCAGGGUCGAUGUGUCAUAUGCGGAGGAGUAGGAAUAUCUGAUGCCUACUACUGCAAGGAAUGCACGCAACAGGAGAAAGAUAGAGAUGGUUGCCCCAAAAUUGUUAAUUUAGGGAGUGCCAAAACUGAUUUAUUUUAUGAACGCAAAAAGUAUGGUUUUAAGAAAAGAUGAUAAGGGUAGCUUACUGAGAUGCUUGUAUCUCUUAAAGCUUUUUGUACGUGUCUUGUUCGGAUAUAAAAACCAUAGGAAGAUCUUGAGUAUGUAAACUUUUAUAUGUUGAAAUGCUUGUUUAGAUUGCUGCUGAUAAAAGAAUUAUGGAGUUAUAGAAAGAU